UGUCAGCGCGAGUGGUGGUGGCGGCGCGCGCGGUCUCGCUCUCGUGGAGACUGUUGAGCACCAGGGGCGCUGGGCUAGCGGCGCAAGCAGUGUCGCGACAGGACAUCUGGGGAGCGCGCAGACGCGUACUGGUGCCCCUCGGCUACCCUGCGUGUCUUUCUGAAGGGGUAUUGUUACCCUACCGAGCGGAGGGGCCAGGAGGAUGGGAGGCGGGUUCUUCUGCGCAGGCGUCCCCCUUGUCCCGAAGCCGGCUGGGUGGCUGCCGGGUUGGGCGGGGGCUCUUGCCCCCUCAGAUCUAGGGGCGGAAGAGGUAGGUUACGGGGGUGCGGUGGAAUAGGUCUCGGGACCUACAGCCUAGAGGAUCUGCUGCCCUGCGGAAUGGGGUCAUGUGGCUCCCUUUCCCUGGUCUUGAGUCUCCUUGAGCGACAAGGUUUCCUUUCAUCAUAGCAAGGCCAAGGCGGUCUGGAAUCGGGAACUGGCUGCUGACCCUGGAGGGGUGGAGCCAGUGUUUUGGAGCGGCCCAACUUAUUAUCAGAGGACUGAAGUGGUUAUAAGCAUUUAUUGAGUGCCCACUACCAGGCUUCGUGGAAGUAUAGCCGCUCUACCUUCUCCCCUUGCGGAUUUGUACAUAAAUUCGUAAGACAGUGAGUUAAGGGGAAGUGAAGUUUAGGGUUUUUUUUUCCCCCUUCCAAAAUGGGUCACUUAUUUUUAAGUGAGUUUGCAUUCUGGCAUAGUGGAAGGUACUGUAGAAACUAAUUCCUGAAAAGAAUACAGAUUCUAAUUUAAUUUGGAGGAAUUUUUAAAAUAAAGCCAAAGCAAAGUCUGGAUUACUGAUAUGCUCGGAUUCUGGUUGAGUGGAAAAAAGAAGCCCUUCACAUUCAAGAAUUAAACAAAAUUUUUUCCCAAAAUACGUCAAUAUAUAGGGCGGAGCAAAAGUAAACUAAGUUUUUUCUGUAUUAUUUGUUACUUGUAUUGUUUUCCAUAGGAACAACUGUAAACCUAUUUUUGCUCCAGUCUGUACUUUUCAGUUGUAGUAAAUAGAAGAUACUACAUGCAUUGGGAUUUUUAGAUGUUGAAGUGCCUUCCUCAUCAUUGAUGGUUUGUUAUUUUUGUAUAGGCUGAUGUGCCUUAGAUAUAUAAAAAAUGUGGGCUGGUGUCUCUAUUUUCUAGAGAACUUGCUCUUCCUUGCAAAAGUCCUAGGAUUUCCUUGUUGAGGGAGGUUGACCCUAAGCUAAAAGAGUAGAGGUGGAGGGGGAGCCGGGAAGAGCUCAGAUGGGGAGAGAAGUUUUAGAGAAAAGCCUCUAAAUGGAGCAGAGGCCUCCCAUUAUUGCUUUAACUGCCUCUGGAGAUUUCAGCAAACUUGGGAAGACUGGCCGGGCCAUGCAGCCAGCUUGAUGACCUGCCAGGAUCAUGGAUUUUCCUGGACACUUUGAACAGAUCUUCCAGCAACUGAACUACCAAAGACUUCAUGGCCAGCUCUGUGAUUGUGUCAUCGUAGUGGGAAAUAGGCAUUUUAAAGCCCACCGCUCUGUACUGGCAGCCUGCAGCACGCAUUUCCGAGCCCUGUUCUCAGUGGCGGAGGGAGAUCAGACCAUGAACAUGAUCCAACUGGAUAGCGAGGUAGUGACAGCAGAGGCCUUUGCCGCACUGAUUGACAUGAUGUAUACCUCCACCCUCAUGCUGGGGGAGAGCAAUGUUAUGGAUGUCUUAUUGGCAGCCUCUCACCUGCAUUUGAACUCUGUUGUUAAGGCAUGUAAACAUUACUUAACGACAAGGACGCUGCCCAUGUCUCCCCCCAGUGAGCGUGCUCAGGAACAGAGUGCCCGCAUGCAGCGCUUCUUUAUGCUGCAGCAGCUGGGACUAAGCAUCGUGAGCUCAGCCCUCAGUUCCAACCAGAGCAGUGAGGAGCAGCAGGCCCCCCUGAGCUCGUCGAUGCGCAGUAACCUGGAUCAGCGGACACCGUUCCCCAUGAGACGCCUUCAUAAGCGCAAGCAGUCUGCAGAGGAACGGGCCAGACAGCGCCUCCGACCCACCAUGGAUGAGUCUGCCAUUUCCAAUGUUACACCAGAGAAUGGGCCUUCAGGGGUUCAUUCUCGAGAGGAAUUCUUCUCACCAGAUUCUCUGAAAAUUGUGGAUAACCCUAAGGCCGACGGAAUGACUGACAACCAGGAAGACAGUGCCAUCAUCUUUGACCAGCCUUUCGGUGCUCAAGAAGACGCCCAGGUGCCUAGCCAGUCUGACAACAGCGUCGGCAACAUGGCACAGUUGUCCAUGGCUUCUCGCGCAACUCAGGUUGAGACUAGUUUUGAGCAGGAAGCUGCAACUGAGAAAAGUGGUUUUCAGUGUGAAAAUGGUGAGGUUGGCCUUGGUGAGAAGGAGCACAUGAGAGUAGUGGUUAAAUCGGAGCCCUUGAGCUCUCCUGAACCUCAGGAUGAAGUGAGCGAUGUGACCUCACAAGCAGAAGGCAGCGAAUCUGUGGAGGUGGAAGGAGUUGUGGUCAGCGCUGAGAAGAUAGACCUCAGCCCUGAGAGCAGUGAUCGGAGUUUUUCAGAUCCCCAGUCUAGCACUGACAGGGUAGGUGAUAUCCACAUUUUGGAAGUCACAAAUAACUUAGAUCAUAAGUCUACUUUUAGCAUUUCAAAUUUUCUUAACAAGAGCAGAGGAAGUAACUUUAGUGCAAAUCAGAACAAUGACGAUAAUAUCCCAAACACCACGAGUGACUGCAGGCUGGAGUGUGAGGCCCCGUAUUUGUUGAGUCCAGAGGCUGGGCCUGCGGGUGGGCCCUCCUCGGCCCCUGGCCCUCAUGUAGAAAACCCAUUCAGUGAGCCUGCAGACUCCCAUUUCGUUAGGCCCAUGCAAGAAGCGAUGGGCCUGCCAUGUGUGCAGACAUCAGGCUAUCAAGGAGAACAAUUCGGGAUGGAUUUUUCCAGAUCUGGUUUGGGCCUCCACUCCUCCUUCUCCAGGGUAAUGAUGGGUUCCUCGAGAGGAAAGGCCAGUAACUUUCCAUACUACCGCCGUAUAGCUCCCAAAAUGCCAAUUGUAACUUCUGUCAGGAGCUCACAGAUACCAGAAAACUCUGCCAGUUCCCAGCUUAUGAUGAAUGGGGCCACGUCCUCAUUUGAGAAUGGGCACCCUUCCCAGCCUGGCCCUCCACAGUUGACCAGGGCGUCUGCUGAUGUCCUGUCAAAGUGCAAGAAGGCUUUAUCAGAGCACAAUGUCUUGGUUGUAGAGGGAGCUCGCAAGUAUGCCUGUAAAAUCUGCUGCAAGACUUUUUUGACCUUGACAGAUUGCAAGAAGCACAUUCGUGUCCACACAGGUGAAAAACCCUACGCCUGCCUGAAGUGUGGCAAGAGGUUCAGUCAGUCCAGCCACCUGUAUAAACAUUCUAAGACGACGUGCCUGCGCUGGCAGAGCAGCAGUCUUCCAAGCACUUUGCUCUAACCUUGACUUUUAGAGAUCGUGCUGAUUCUGGUUGUAGGACCGAAACUAAAAUGUGUUUUGGUUGAGGGCUAAUGCCCCUGGGUUUGAGGUUUCAGGCUGUCUGAUGGCCUUUGCAGAUUUCCAUGACUCGGUGGAGAACUAAUAGUGCGAGUGCUGCUGCGUUUCUGAGUGCGAUGCACGCUUUCAGAGAGAUGCGGUCCUCCAAACCGCAUUCUUCCUUAGGGCCGAGUAACGCAGUAAGAGAGUAGUUUAUAAUUGAUGUUAAAAGUGGCACAUGUAAAAAUUAAAAAUUAAAGUGCAAAAAAA